AUGGUACUCGAAAACUCCUCCAAUAACAAAUCUCAUCACCAUCAUCAUCACCGGAACUCGAUGAAGGAGUUCCGAGGUGUCUACGCAGCUGAAGAACCGAUUCAGGUCUUCGAGUCGGAUAUGAGGAGGACUAAGAGCGAGAAGAUGGGUACGAGAGAGGUUGUGAAAGAAGAGGAUGUUGACAAGGAAGCAGAGGAAUUCAUCAAGUUUGAGCAUAGGAAGUUCAGUAAGUGGAUGACUAAGAGUGUCUAG